AUGCCCUGUUUGAGCUGUCAGGCAAGUGAGUGGGCUGCGGAGCACAAUGAGGUGUGGAACUACGACGCCAACCAGGUGAUCCAAUGGGUCAGAAACAAAGUGGGCAUCACUGAUGACGAGGAAAUCAACAAGCUUGCUGCGCAAAAGUAUGCUGGGCAAGUUCUGCUGGGGAUGAGCGUGGAAGAUCUCAAAAACGCGCUUGCGUUAGUACUCGUACCGGGUCCAAAAAAGCAGCUGAUAACGCACAUCACGAAGCUGAAAGCGGCCGCUGCCAUCGAAGAAGCCAAGAAGAAGCUCAUCCAAGGUGAGAUGCUGUCGACUCUGGUCAAGCUGCAGGCCACAGGCCUCUUGAAGGCAGCCAUCGACGUGAUCAAAGACCAACUGAACAAUCCAAGCAAGGACGAGGAUCGGAUCACGAUGGUCGGUGAGAUGCUGUCGACUCUGGCCCAGCUUGACGCGGAUCAAUGCAUGACGAAUGCUUUGCGUGAUGCAGCCUUUGCUCAGGUCCUCAACAAGAGUCAAGAAGCCACGAGCGAGAUGGUUCAGAAUUUUAUUCCGUCGCAAGUGGCCGUAUGGGUCACGGCCAAGCUGCGUGCCAAUUUCCCGUGGGGUUUAUUCAAAAAGGUCAUCCAAGCUUCGCUCACUGGACGAAGUUUGAUGGUGCUGACCAUGGAGACACUGCAAGACGAAGUUGGCAUCGAGCAACUUGGUGUUCGACAAUCGCUGCUCCACUCCAUCAAUGCUAUGGCGAGCUCCACAGUCAACAAGGUUCGGAUGGUUGAGACUGACGAGCUCGGUCCUCUGUGUUCUGCCCAGCAGGUUGAUGAAACACCACAACACAAUUUGGUUGAUCUGGAGCGACCCAUCAAAGCAUGCUUGGAGUGCAUCAAGAAGUGGACUUGGGAAGAGGACUCCACUAAUCGCAUUCCACCCGCCUGUGCCAUCCGCUGUGCGAGGGGGGGGAAAACUACCUUCCUAAUCCGACUUUUCCAACGCCUAAAGCAAGAUCAGUCAGAUCGUGAGCUCCCCAUUCCAAUUUGGGUGACCUUCAACGGCUCCACUCGCGUGCUCCGGCAAAAGCAAGAAAGCAGCAUGGACUGGCUGUGCCGGACUGUAGCACAUGCAAUUGCGCACGCGAAGCUCAAGGAACAACUGGCGAACGGAUCUAUGUCAUGCUCUGAAGACAACCUUGCCCAGUUUUUUGCGAAACAGGAAAGCUAUGUCUUGCUCAUUGAUGAGCUCAACUUGUUACUGACAGGUGAGGACUCAGAGGCCGACGGAAGGGUCGCCAACUUCCUGAAGAAUCACUUUUUGAAGGGGAAGGGGCAAUACCUCGUGUUCACAUCGCAUAUCCAAGCCACCCAGAGAAAUCUAUGUGCUUACAUGGAGAGUCCGUCUAGCCGACCAGUGCAACUGAUCCAAUUGUCACUCGCACGCACGAUGGAGGAGCUUAUCAGCAUGCACGACACGUGCCAGGGCUUAACUCCGACGCUUGCAACCUUCUUUGGAAGGAUUCCGUCAAUGGUAUGGUGCGCUAUCAGUUCUGAACGCACGGUGUGGAGCAAUGCGGUUGACACCAUCAUUGAACGCGCCAGAAAGAAGCCCAAAGCGCUAAUCGGCGCUUUCUUGCAAGAAGUCCUCCGUGGAAAGAGGCAUCCAGACUUGGAAGAGUAUAUGGCAUUAACAGAUAUUGGCGACGGAGGGGUUGUGAAGUGGCUGCCAUGUUACAUGGCAGCAUUCUUGUCGAGGUGUGGUCCUCCUUACGAGAAACUUGGGGAGUGGCUCCAGGGCUUGCAGCAGGCAACCGCUGGAGCCGGAAAAGGUUGGGAAAUGACGGUGGCUGUGGCAUUUGGUCUGAGGUACUUGUGGGCCCAGCAAGGACAUUUGCACGAAUUUGCAGUUGGCGGGGACGACUCUGUUAAGUUGAUCGAGCUUAAGGAUGCUCGAUUCGAUGCAAGGGACAUGCAGUCUGCAACAGAAGCCAUUUCUCUUCCGAAACCUGAGCACCGCCCUUCAUUGCAGCUGGUGAUGCCAAGUCAUGCAUGCUUCCAAAAAGUGGACCUUUUUGCGCUGAGAACCGAAGUGGAUGGAAGCCGGAAAGUCGUGAUGGCGUCGCAGCAGAAGGAAGGACGGCAUGCAGUUGACACAGAAGCCCCGGCGGUGGAAGGUAAGGCACUAUGGAUGCGAGGCCAGGCAGGUCAGGAGCGAACUAGCCAUGGCUGGUAUCAGCCCUCAUCUGAGCGGAUAAACGAGUUCCUAGGACCUUCGCUGCAAAGUGCGUCACCUGCCGCAUGGCUUGACAUGGUGUGA